AUGACGUUCCCUUCUUGGUUCAUGUUCGGGGCUGCCACAGCGGCGUAUCAGAUAGAGGGCGCCUGGGAUGUCAGCGAUAAGAGUGAAAGUAUAUGGGAUAGAUUGCUGCACACCCAACCCUCGCUUGUGGUGGACCACUCUAAUGGCGAUGAAGCAUGUUACUCCUACGAUUUCUGGGCAAGAGAUGUCGAAAUGGCUCACGAAUUAGGACUUCAAAUGUACAGAUUCUCAAUAUCAUGGCCUCGACUGCUUCCCACUGGGUUUCCGAACAAAAUCAGCAUGAAUGGCAAGAGCUACUACAGCAAGUUGAUCGAUGGUCUGCUGAAGAAGGGCAUCCAGCCUGUCGUUACCAUGUACCACUGGGACUUGCCACAGUCUUUGCAAGAUCUUGGAGGCUGGACGAAUCCACUAAUCGCAACGUGGUUCGCGGACUAUGCAAGGGUCUUAUACACCUUGUUUGGUGAUCGUGUGAAAUACUGGAUCACGAUAAACGAACCGCUCACGAUCUGUGAUGGUGGGUACAAUAAGAUGGCUGCUCCUUACCUGAAUGACAUGAAGAUUUCCAACUAUUUGUGCAGCAAGCAUGUGCUGUUGGCUCACGCUAAGGCUUUUAGGGCGUAUGAAGAAUUUAGGAAGGGGUACCGUGGCAAAAUUUCUAUGGCCAAUAUUUUCUUCUGGUUCGAGCCUUUGGAUCCGCAAAAAGAUAAAGAAGCUACGCAACUCGCAAUGCAACUCUGGGAGGGUCGUUUCGGUCACCCCAUCUAUUCCAAAACGGGAGGAUGGCCACCAGAACUGGAAAGGUAUAUUGCGGGACUGAGCGUGAGCGAAGGGUACAAUCAGUCCAGACUUCCUCCGUUUACUCCAGAGGAAAUUCAACUUAUCAGAGGCUCUUAUGACUUCUAUGGGUUAAACCACUUCACCACCCGUCUAGUUAGGAAAGCUACUCCUAAGACGGCUGGUGACUGGCCGUUCUAUGGGUCCAAGGAGUUAGGAGUCUCCUUUGUGAACCAUCCUAAAAGGAGAACGAUCGUCAUUGACUGGUUCCAAAUAUACCCUGAAGGUCUUCGGAAGCAGUUGCACUGGAUCAAAGACAACUACGAGGUCAAAGACAUCAUGAUCACAGAGAACGGGCUUCCAAUGCUAAGGCUAGAUUUCGCUGAUUACGACAGAGUAGACUAUAUCAGAGAAUAUUUGAAACAAGUUCUCCUCGCCAUAAAUGACGGUGUCCACGUGAUGGGGUAUAUAGUCUGGUCCUUGAUGGACAGCUUCGAAUGGAUUACAGGGUAUAAAGUUAAAUACGGACUGUACGAAGUGAACUUCGAAAGCGAUUAUCGGCUGCGCAACGCACGGGAGUCGGCGAAGUACUACAGAAAAGUGAUCAAAAGCCGAUCCUUAAACGUAUUAUAAUAAAUAAUUAAAA